AUGAUUUAAGACACUUCCAAAGACACUAUCCAAUGCACUUACAAAAGAGGUUUAGCAGAAUAGUAAGCACCAACUCCUCAUUCAAAUUGCAAAUUUGUACCAUUUAAGAAGAUAUAUGACGAUGCCCUAGAUGCAAUUGGGCAUACGCCAAUGAUUCGUUUAAACAAAAUUCCAAAAGAAUUUGGUUUGAAAUGCGAGGUGUUGGUGAAAUGUGAAUUUGUCAAUGUGGCUGGAUCUAUCAAAGAUAGAAUAGGAGUGAGGAUGAUAGUAGAUGCAGAAAAGCAAGGAAGGCUUGGACCAGGAAAGUCUAUAGUCGAAGCCACUUCAGGAAACACAGGAGUAGGCUUGGCUUUGGCUUGUGCUGUUAAAGGAUAUCCUCUUUAUAUCACAAUGCCUGAAAAGAUGUCUUAGGAGAAGUAGGAUGUUUUAACAGGACUUGGAGCCAAAGUUAUAAGGACACCAACAGAAGCAGCUUGGUAUGAACCCGAAUCUCUAAUCUAAGUCGCUAAAAGGAUGGCAGCAGAGAAUCCUGAUAUUAUACUUUUAGAUCAAUAUUCAAAUCCAUCAAAUCCCUUAGCCCAUUAUGAAGGGACAGCAGAAGAAAUUCUCUGGGCAUGUGACAAUAAAUUAGAUGCAAUUGUAAUGUCUACAGGCACAGGAGGAACAGUCACUGGAGUAGGUAGAAAGGUUCAUGAAAGAGUACCUGGAUGCCGAGUUGUUGCUGUUGAUCCUUAUGGGUCAGAUCUGGCACUGCCUCCAGAGAUCAAUAAGACAGAUAUCAAAUCUUAUAAGGUUGAAGGCAUUGGUUAUGAUUUCAUACCCAAAGCACUUGAUAGAGUAUUACUUUAAUUUUAUAUUUCAUAGACUGAAGUUGAUUGUUGGGUGAAGUCAAAUGACAAAGAUAGUUUAAACAUGGCUCGUAAGUUGAUGGCUUAGGAAGGUCUUCUUUGCGGUGGUUCUUCAGGUGCUAAUGUUUGGGGAGCUCUUGAAUGGGCAAAAUCACAAAAUUUUACUGAAUAAUAAAGGGUAAAUUUACGAAUUAUCAUUUUAGAUUGUAGUAAUAUUACCAGACAAUAUUAGAAAUUACAUGACUAAGCACUUAAAUAAGACUUGGAUGAUUGAAAAUAGAUUGAUAUCUUAUGAUGAAUUGAAAGAACCAGAUCACCCUUUAGCUGGAAAACCAAUAUCUGAACUUAAUCUUUCAGAGAUCAUUUUAUUGAAUGUCGAGACAACCUCCAUAGGGGAAUGUUUGGAUUACUUAAGAACAUAUCCUGCUGUACCUUUACAAAAAGAUGGCAAAUUAUUCUCAGUUGUAUUUUAGAAAAAAUUGUUGGCUGGUAUGGUCGAUAAAAAAUUAAACAAUGUAAUUUCUUAUUUGUAUUAUUUUUAGAGAGAUUUGGCUAAAAAGGUACAAUCAAAAGACUUUGUUGUUGUUCCUAAUACAUUAGAUUAAAAUUAAUUAGAAAGGAUUGUUGAAAGACAUGAGGUAGUGUUUAUUGAAGAUGGUGAUAAACUGAGAUAUGCAACACCUGGAGACUUCCUAUAGAUAUUUUGA